UUAUCACCGCUCAAGCUUUUUCUGAAGAACAAUUAUCAGUUACUUAUCUGCAAAACUAUUUUGCUAGUCAAGAAAAACAAUACAAAGAAGAACUGCUGGCCGAAAUGCAACAAAUUAUUGAAAAUUCUCCACUAGUUACUCAAUUGAGAGAAGAAAAUAAUACUCUAAAAUCUUUCAUUGAAGGAUAUAAAUUAGGCAAAGAAUUUGCGAAGCCGGUCCAAAAAGGUCAAGAAUUUGAGGAUUUUGUCCAAGAAAAACUUCAGGAAAUUUUUAGUGGCAAUGAUACCAUUGAAAAUAUUACUCAUGCUCGCACGUCCGGCGGAACCCGAUCCGACAUUUUACAAAUUAUUCAUGAAGGAGACGAGUUAGAAAAAAUUGCCGGCAAAAUAAUUUACGAGGCCAAAAAUACCGAAAAAUGA